ACACAGGAUCUUAUCAGGGCUGCUGAGCCUGCCGCGGACAAGUGGGGCCGGCCCAACGCACAGGUAGGUAAACCAGCCUCAGUCUUCUGGGAGGAGGUGGUUAGGUUCAGGAGGGGGUUAGGGUAGAAACAGAACAGGGCCUAAGAGGAUGCAGGUUAGCCAAAGUGUUGGUGUGCUAUCUGUCCUUAGACAACCUGAAGUUGUUUACAUAAGCUGGUAUUAACAUUUAUGAAUUGCUUAUGAUUGUGUGAUAUGGUCCUUAUGUAGGGGCCACGUAGUAAAGCAUUAUGGUUAAAGUAAUAUCCAAAUUAUUCCGAAAUAUAACCUUUCUGGAGAAGCAGAGAGUUGUGCAGUUGACAACAGGUUGUAGUGCAGACCUUAUUUGACAGUAGGAUGUCAGCAGAAGAAAGGCUGGAACCACCAAUGUCAACUCCCACGAGUCACCUCAAUAUGUCAACAACCUUUCUCACCAGUCAACCCUGCAGUAAAGACUGUCAAUACAAUACACACCCACAUUUACCAUAUGCAGAGUUAGACUGACAGUGAUGUGGAACUGUCUACAACAACACAAUAAAUAAGCACUGUUAAUGUUGACAACAGAGGUUUAAUAUGCUGUCAAAUGGAUGAAGGAUUUAAUGUUGCAUUAGGUCUUCUCGCUGGAUGAAGGAGAAUUCUCCACUCCGUGCGUCAGAGACGCCUCCUCUCCCUGUUUUCAAUGUACAUGUGGGAAUUGGAUUCAUUGUGGAGCAGACUGCAGUGUCACGCUCCACCCUUUCUAUUAUCAUCUUUAACAACUGUAUGUGACAUGUUUACAAGUCCUCUCAUUUGGAAUCAUUGCAUCAGCUAUUUUCUCCUUCUGUAUGUGAUCAGUCAUGAGAAGCUUCUCCCUUGAGGCCGAGGAGAGUAAUGCAUGUCAGAGAUCAGUAGCGGCUUGGUUAGAGAGCAAGCAAGAGAGAGAAUGAAUGAAUGAAUGAAUACACAGCAAAUUGGCCAGUGUUACCUCUGUGGAGAGUAAAACAUUCCCAUCAAAACCACUCCCAUUAUUAUCAGAUUUCCCAGCAUGCUCUACUGCAGGUAAUAUUUUUUUGGAUUGUUUUUCAUAUCUGUGUUUUUGCAUGUACAUUGAUUGAUUAAUCUUAUGCUACACAAAGAUAAAUAACAUACAUUUAAAAAAACUAAUACAAUCAGUUAGUUAGAUUUAUUGCACUGAAAUGGUUGUUCCAGUUUAAAUGGUUUAGGUUGUCUCCUCACAAUUUUUCUAACCCUGACAAUCAUUCUGAAUGCAGGUUGUGGUUGACAAAAAAGUCAAAUUGUUGGCUGGAUUCCAAUAGAAAUUACACAUCUGUAAUGUGGCCUAUAAUCCACAAGGUUCCUAACAUCACUGUGUACGGGCAAAAUUUGGUCAUCAAAGUAAGGCCUUAUGAUAUAUUUACUGUAUUUUCCUAAAGAGUUUAAUUUAAUGCUAACAUUUGGCUAUAGUAUGAACUCAAUCAGUGAAGUCCACAGGACUGUAAAACGAAUUAAUUCAACAACCAUGUGUCUGUUAUUAACAAAUACAGUCAUGGGUGGUAACUCUCAAUAAGGCAAGGCAAGGCACACCGGGAAAGUAUAUUGGAGGCAUGGCUUAGUGGGAGUGUUGUACCAGUUUAACUGGUCUAUGGUUAUGUUAAUUGUAGGUUUGUCAUGUCUGUGGCCAGUUCUGAAGUCUUUGUAAAUGCUUGCAUAAGAGUGUGUGGCAUUAAUGAAAAUGUUUUUGUAAUGUCCUUAAUCCAACAUGUGCAAUCUUGUCAAGAGAUAAAGACCUCUUUGUGUAAUGGUUAAAUAUACUAUAUGAGGCUUUAUUGCAUGACACCAUUGGUAUAAACUAAAUACACUAACUAGUGUUACAAAAUACUAUAAGAGGUGUUAUUGCGUAACACUAAAAGUGUUAAUUUCCUAACACUGACAAAGUGUAACAGCGUCAGCACUAAGCACAGUGUUAAUUUAACACUGAAGGUGUUAUUGCAUAGACACUGGCCCAGUGUUAAAUUUAACACUGGAGAAUAUGCUGUGUAGCAGUACAUUACAUUGAAUGUGGGGGGUGAAGAACACAUCCAUUGUUGCUAUUCACUGAAUAUCAUGUUUGUUGACUCGCACACCAAUGAAUGGCAUUGGCUGUUAUUGCAUAGGCCUCUAGAGGGUCUUUAUGCUAUAUGUUUCCCUUCUCGCUUUGAGAAACAUUUCAAAUGGAUGCUGAGUAAAAGUAAUCCUAAAAAGCAUUGAGCAAAAGAGCACCUUUAAUUUUCAGCUUGGUGGAAUUGGGUUUUUAAAGCUUAAGCCAUUGGUGUGUGGUGAGUUUACCCAUCCACGUGUUGGCAAGAUUAGUUAUUAUUGUUAAAUGCAAAUAGCCCCGCAUUGGAUGAAUUAUAGCUUGCAUCCCCCCACUUUGAAAGAAAUAAUUAUAUACUGCCCUUAUAUAUUCAUUCAACUGAAUUGAGGCCAUGAGAAGAAUGGGAAACAGUUUCCCUUUUUCUACAUAUCACCCUAUUCGGAGGGAGUGGAGACUAGAGAGGAGCCGCCACAGUGCACAGAUGCUUUUCAAAGGCCUUAUGCCAAACAUGUCCCCCUGUGUGGUGAUUGGUACAGCGAUUUGGUAAAUAUUUGAUAGCAUGGCCUCAUGUCUUUGAAUCGUUGGUUCCUUUAGGAGUUGUUUUUAGGUCAGUCUGAGAGACCGUCACUGUUGAUACAGGACAUUACAGGACGUGAUAGGAGGAGUGUAUGUUUGAAAUUGACCCAGUUCAAAAAUACUUCAACUCUGUACAAAGUAUGUCAAAAGAUGGCGGCUCGCUGCUGCCUCUCGGUUUUUUGCCUGCAGAGCAAUUACUCUCUAUCCAGAUUCAAGAGCUUUCAUCCGUGUUAAACAAUAUGCCCCCCUCUGUGACUGAACAGAAGUGCCGAGGAGUGAGGAGAGAGAAAACACUAAAGGCAAAAUAAAGGUUGUUUACUUCAAGACAUUGAUUGAGCACAAAAUAAUAAUAUGAUGGGGUGUAGACUGAGAAUUACUUUAGCUGUUCAGUGAACUUAAAGAUGAUGAAGGUGGACCUGUAUCGACUACUUAUGAUUAAUAGUGUGUACUUGUUACGAUAAACAGGAUUCUUGACAUGGGAACUUCUGUCUUCUGUCUUUCUCACCUUGCUUCAAAAUUGACACUACAAAGUCAUGGCAACUUGAAACCAGUGACAUAACCAUUUAUGUAUAGUACGAUGGUGUCUGAGACCAAGGAGGCACAUUUUUUCAGGUCAAGUAAUACUGUAACCGAUAUGGGCCUAAAGGCUCUUAUGCAUGAAUCUCUCAACAUCAUCAUGCACCACAGCUUAAGGUGCCUUUUGUAACAGCAACAAUAUCCGUCAUAUCAUGUCUCGUUUGUUGAUAAUAGUGCAAUACUUGAUUCAGUAUAAGUGGGUCCAUUGUCCACAGGCCUAGGCAGCCAUGAUGGUGAUUGGACUGGAUACAGUCAGACAGACAGAGGAGUGACGUCACCAGGCUUUAUUAGCGUUGUGGGCAUUGGGGAGCAGUUGACGCUAUCUGUGAAGGCUCGUUGGGGACCCAGUUAAUGGAAAACCGUUAUGUAAAUCCAAUCGAAUUAAAAUUAGAACCACACUACUCACGUCUAAGGUAUGCAGAGGGAGGGUGGAGGGGGUGGAGUGGGGGGUGUUAAAUUAUAUUAUUACUGCGGCUAAUUUGCAUAAACCAAUCGACUGUAGGGCAGUAUUUCCUUUCACCCUGGUAUCAACUACCAUUAUUAAACCAAAUAGGAAAAAUUAGUCUUAUUUUGUUUAGAGUUCGGAUUUGAUGAAUGAAAUCUGUUGGAUGGCACAGAUCUCUUCUUUCAAAAUUAGUAAUUAUUUCAUCCCACUACUUUAUUUGGUUGGUCAUACUUCAGCAGAUAUAGGUCAAAGUUCAUAGUUUCUCAUUAUACAUUUUUAUGAUCAGAUCCUUUAUGCAGCAUUUAUCCCUAUUGAACAUGACAUGCAUGGUGUAGACCAGGGUUCUUCAAUUCCGGUCCUGGAGGGCCGAAACAUCUUUGUUUUUUCACUCCUGAGUGGCGCAGUGGUCUAAGGCACUGCAUCGCAGUGCUAACUGUGCCACUAGAGAUCCUGGUUCGAAUCCAGGCUCUGUCGCAGCCGGCCGCGACCGGGAGACUCAUGGGCGGCGCACAAUUGGCCCAGCAUCGUCCAGGGUAGGGGAGGGAAUGGCCGGCAGGAAUAUAGCUCAGUUGAUAGAGCAUGGUGUUUGCAACGCCAGGGUUGUGGGUUUGAUUCCCACAGGGGGCCAGUAUAAAAAAAUAUAUAUAUGUAAUCACUAACUGUAAGUCGCUCUGGAUAAGAGCGUCUGCUAAAUGACUAAAAUGUAAAUGUUUUUCAUCCUCUCCUUCUAAUCAGGGGCUAAUUCAGACCUGGGACACCAGCUGAGUGCAAUUAUCUACCAGGUAGAAAUAAAAAACAGACGUGUUUCGGCCCUCCAGGACCGGAAUUGAAGAACCCUGGUGUAGACUAUACAUUGUCAUCUUCCUCUAGAACACGUGUCAAACUCAUUCCACAGAGGGCUGAGUGACUGCGGGUUUUCGCUCCACCCUUGUACUUGAUUGAUGAUGGUCACUAAUUAGUAAGGAAUGCCCCUCACCUGGUUAUCUAGGUCUUAUUUGAAAGGAAAAACCAAAAACCUGCAGACACUAAGCCCUCCGUGGAAUGAGUUUGACACCCCUGCUCUAGAAAUUAGGUAAGAACCUCAGUGCACAUCAGUUUUCCUAAGGACUCGUAUUGUCGUAUUAUCCUCACAGUUAAUGGUGCGUUCAAGACAACUGGGAAAAAACGAAGUCAAAAAACGAGGUCAAAACAUGACAUCAGUGAUCUUCAGGUCGGAAAGUCAGAGAUUUCCGAGUUCCCAGUUGUUUUGAAAACGGCAUAAGUAGCGAGCUAUCCCGUCAUAAUGACAGGUAUUCUCUCAAUCGACAAAAGCAGCAGGGAGAUCAUUGUGAUGGUAACACACAUACAGCGCAUGAAAUCAUUCCAAUCUUUAGUGUUGAGGCCUCCACUGUGGCCUCCAUUGCCUCCAAAUGCAUCUGACGGGUGACGGCAUGUCAAAUCUCUCUGAUUCCUCUGAAUGGAUUAAAAAUGAAUAAUCAAUUAUGCCUGCCUGCCUGCCCGCCUGCCUGCUUCAAGUUUAAGGCCGUAAGACCCAAGUGUUUACUAUCUGUUUAUGACUGAUUAACCUCUAAAAUUAGAUGUGUGACAAAGGGCAUAUGGCCUUAAAGGUUGAACAGCACCUUAAAUACCGGAGCAAUUUAGGCUUAAUCCCAAAUGGCUCCAUAUUCCCAACAUAAGCCUUAUGGGCCCUGGUCAAAAGUAGUGUACUAUGUAGGGUAUAGGGUGAUAUUUGGAAUGCUGACUCAGUCUCAUGGAAAACAGCACCAUGGGACAUAUCGAAUUACUGUGCAUCACUGCACGGCAGUGACAUCAACCCCAGCUAUUUUAGAGCAUGGAACAGUGGGCAUUGUGUGUGUGGAUUGUGGAUUCCUACCUGCGCAAUGCCCGAUGUGAGGGUGGGUGGGUUUUGUGAGUGCUUGUUUAUUUGCGUGUCUGCAUACCUGUGUGGGUGUGUAUAUCACAAAACACAUGUCUCUGUGUCAUAUGCCAAGAAAUGGCCUGUCCCCGCGCCCUCUGAUUUUCUCACGUGUGCCGGACGCCACCAACUUGACUCAGGUCUCUAAACAGAGAGAUACAGUAGUUACCUAGAGAGUACCAUCCUUCCUAUCACCAGGCCCAAGACUACACUACACUAAAGUAAGUGGCACAGUUAGCCAUUACAUUACCCAGAGUAAUAUCCAUGUGUAAUUAGGCCUGCGCUACUGAGCUCAAUGUGUUAUCAUUUAAAAAACAGAGCCUCUGGCUGCAUGGCUCCACUGAAUCAUAGUGUCAGACAGCCCCAUAAAAUGCUCAGUUAAACAAUUAUGUGCUUUUAUAGCUGCCGCACCUGACCGUGAGAACAUCAUAAGGCUUUGUUGUCUUUGGAACUGGUCUUGGGAAUAUUACACACAAAUGAUUUAGAUUUUAUCAAUUGAAAAAAAAUUAACAUGUUCUUUCAACACUCAACCUACUUUUCUGCUUUGGUUAAACCUGAUAAAUAACAUACGAUUCAGUGCUUGCAAUGAACAUACAAUCAUUGAAAAUAGAAAAAAACUGAACAUGACGUUCACUCUCACGGGUGGCCAAAAAGAACAAACUUAAAGCCAUGCCCCCAAUAGGCUACGCCUCUAACUCUUCUGAUAGACUUCUGUCGCUACAUUCCACCCAACGCUAUGUAAUGCGAAUGUGUACAAUGUUUAAAAGCUUUCAUUUUAUUUUUGUAUUUCUCCUGUAUGUUUCCUGAAGGAGAAAGCCUCCACUUCUAUGUCAAACAUAAUCAAAUGAAAACACUAUAGUAAAUGUUACAGUAAUGUCUGCAAAAACACUACAGUAAAUACUAUAGUACACUACAGUCCGCAAAAACACUAUUGUAAAUACUACAGUAUAGUACAAUGCACAUAAAAACUUUGUUUUUACUCAUAUAACUCUUCUACAUGUCAAAAUAAAGUACCAUUCUGCCCCUUUAUGUCUAUAUCAGGGCAGUCAGUCAAGGGUUGAGGACAGGGUAGGGCAGGGUCCACACACACACACACACACACACACACACGUGAUGAUCAAAAUGUGGCCAAUGUGUGUUAGGGAGGCGUAAGAGGGGGGCCUAUUUUAGAGAGCCAUUCACAUGAGGCAGCAGAAGCCAUAAAUCAAUCAUACAAAAUCAUAAACCGCUUUUUCCUGCACGACAUCACUACUACACUUUCACUCUCUGAUUGGCUUCUAUUUUAAAGGUAAGUUAUCCGAUCGUCUCAGCUCAGUCUACGAAAACAAAUAAUAUUCUGAGAAGUAUGUGAGAGCAAUUAAAGCAGAUAGGUCUUUUGAAUGUUUUAAGUAUUUUAAAAUGUUUGGUUAAGACCAUUGUCAAGAGCAAUCUGCCAUGUAAAAUAGAAUUUGGGUUUACAUUGUUCAAAUGGGAAAUGUGUUCGCUUUUCAGGGAAGAUUUCCUAGAAGUUAACAAUACACAGAUUAAGUUUCAGUAGUUGCCAGCAGUUGAUUGUGUGUACAGUUUGUGUUUACCUAAUUGGGGCUAGUGUGUUCAUGCUUAAGCGGUCACACCUCAUAUCUUCGCUCAUAUUUACAACGAGGAAUUCUCGUAAAAAAAAUGUAUUUUAUUGGUGUUAGACCUGCUUGGUCGUAAAUUGGGACAUUGCUUUUGAAUCCCCUCCCAACGUUACUCAGUGGCGGGAGCAGGCAACGACGUGUGUGUGUGUGUUGUGUGUGUGUGUGUGCGCGUGCGUCUGUGUGUGUGUGUGUGUGUGUGUGUUUCCUUUCGUGUGAUGUGUGAGGAGCCCAGAGGGUUGGUUUUAACACAGGGAGCUAAUAAGGCUUCUCUACCAGGAGAACAGCAUGUCACCGGAAAGGUCACAAGUUUGAUCCUUCCUUGUAAUGUCACAAUGGUGACAUUAAAGCAGACAGUAUUUUUACUCAAUGGACCUCAGUUAUUUGGUGGCCAGGUGCAGCAGACACUGCAGCAAUGCCCUUGGUCGGUCAAAAUCUCACCUCGCAUAGUAGCUCAUGCUAGCACCAAAGGUGAUAAUGGCUCAAGGGUAUAGCACUUCUGAGAAAAUGUAAGGAGAAAUAAAAAAGGAUCUUGGGUACUGAAAGCUUUUUCUCCUUCAUCGUUUUCUAUCAUCAGACAAUUCCAUCCAAGGACCCUAUUAACCUUGACAGUGAACCCCUGCUCUCUGGGUAAUAAAAGAGCCAAGGUCAGCCUCUUUUAUCUAAGUCAGGACAUGAGGACCUUGUGGGGGACCUUGAUUAUCACCCAGAUAAUCACAACUGUCUUUUCCAAUAACUUCUAUGAUAAGAGUGAUUUCUGUUCUAUUACAGUAGCUGAUAAUAGUCACAAGUCUAAUACAUGCAUGAUGGUAACCUAUUACAUUAUUUUCAUAUGUGAUAAUUGUUCCUAGUAUGAUACAUUGACUCUUAAAUCUCAUUCCAUAUGAUACUUUCCAUAUGAUGUCUAGUGUUGUGAAUGUUCUGCCAAUAAACCUCUGACCACAACUAUGUUGGCUCCCCAGCAGUACUCAUAAACCAGAACAGCCAUGUCUGAGGGGUGAGUCUAUAACUGUCACACUCUGUGCCUUUCAAUCAAUCACACAACUAUGGAAAUGUUGUCAAUACGGGACAGAAAAUAACGCCUUCUUUCGAUUUGUUUGUUUGUUUGAUUGCAAUAUGUUGAAACAGACCGGUAAGUCAGUUUUGGACAUAUUUUUCCCCCUCAUACCCUUUGUUGUGGCAGUUUAAACCUCAUAACUUUGCUUUGUUGUGCACAAUUAAACCUUUGUAAUGGUCAUUUGAUACGGUAUACAUAUGCUAUGCAGGCAGUUAUCAUGUCAUGCUUCUGAAUAGCCACACUGAAAUCUUGGAAACAGCUUGUGGGACUUAACAUGUUAGACAUUACAAGCUAUCAUCAAUUACUGAGUAAUUGUUGUGUCACAAGGCCAUUUGUCUCAGGCUAACUGAUAAUCAUAUAAAUUAUCCCAAGACCACUGCAGCAUUAUCCACAUGGAAGGACUAAUUUGGUAUCAAUACCAAGCCACAUACACAGUAGAAAUGAGCCCCUUGCUCUCUAAGACUGUGCUUCAAUUAAGUAUUUGGUGAUUUGGUGGCUGAGCAUUACAUUCUAUUACAUUAGGAAUCACAGCUCAUCCUAAUCAACAGAGACAGGUUGUUGUAUGCUCUGUAGCUCCACUGUAAUAGAGACCACAUAUGACUUUAGGCUAACGUCAUCAGUGACUGUAAUGAAUGAGCCUACCUACAUAUGAAGAUGUGCUAACAUCAUUAGUGACUGUAAUGAGCCUGUUAUAUACCUGGCAUGUCUCAUCUCUCUUUUUCAGAAAAAGACAAAGUACUCAGCGACCCGCAGGUUACUGCUGAAGGUAGGUCGGUCUGAUGGGAGUUUAUUUCUGUAUGGAAGUGAACAAGAAAAUGUAUUCAUAGCACUGAUAGUAUGUAUGUUUAGCAUGCUGCAUAUGACUAGUACACAUGUUCAGAUCUAGGAUCUUAAUUUGACCUACAGUAUAUUGUCACAGCAAAUAAUCUGGAUCCGGCCCACAAAGGUGUCCAAUCCGGCCCGCGAGUGGUUUGAAACAAAUAUAUAUACUGUAUAUUAUAUACACUGAGUGUACAAAACAGAACAGCCUCAAUUCGUCGACUCUACAAGGUGUCGAAAGCGUUCCACAAAGAUGCUGGCCCAUGUUAACUCCAAUGCUUCCCACAGUUGGCUGGAUGUCAUUUGGGUGGUGGACUGUUCUUGAUACACACAGGAAAGUGUUGAGCGUGAAAAAUCCAGAAGCAUUGCAUUUCUUGACACACUCUAACCGGUGCGCCUGGCACCUACUACCAUACCCCAUUCAAAGGCAUUUAAAUAUUUUGUCUUGCCAAUUCACCCUCUGAAUGACACAAAUACACAAUCCAUGUCUCAAGUGUCUCAAGACUUAAAAACCUGUCUUCUCCCCUUCAUCUACACUGAUUGAAGUGGAUUUAACAAGUGACAUCAAUAAGGGAUCAUAGCUUUCAUCUGGAUUCACCUGUUCAGUCUAUGUCAUGGAAAGGGGACUCAAUAUACUUUAAAAUUACAAAAACCAAAUUUAAAAAACAAUGGAUAGAGGACCAGUUUUUGCACAUUUUGACAAUGAAGAAAUAUAACCAAUUUUCAGUGCGGCACUCCGGACCUCAUUGAAGACUGAAUGGAGCCCCGAGGGCAAAAUGAGUUUGACACCCCUGGUUUAGUCUAUAAUGUUGAUUGAUCGGUGGUUAGGCUAUGACCUGGCCAAAAGUAGGCUAGAUGAAAAGUGCAAUACUGUUAAUAUAACUGUGUGCUAGUGUGGGUUUUCAGUGAAUUUAUUAAAAUCACAAAAUUCUCAGCACCAAACAGUGAUCAAAUUAAGAUCCUACAUCUGUACACACACAACAACAACAACAACAACAUACAAGUGCCUUGAAAAUCAUGUUCACCAAAACUGAUUGCAAUAUAAAAGUCAAAAAACACUUGAAAACACAACAUUUUGUACAUCAUUUCAACUAUGAAUUGUACUGUGUUAUCAUUAAGUUGUUCAGUCAUGUUUCCUCAUAGCAAAAACUACUGAAGAAAGCUGGCGUCUUGCUGGUCCUGGAGCAAAGCAACAAGGUGACAGAGAGGGAGAGCACCUUGAAUGAGAGAGUACCACCGCUGAAACUCUCCGGCCUAUCUGUGCAGGAGCUUCAGGUACACUAACAUAAUGCUAAGGUUCAAGUACCUACAGUAUAUAGUGCACUUCUAUUGUCCAGGGUGUAUAUGGCUCUGGUCAGAGAUGAGCAGUAUUUCUGUUACAUGUAUUUGAAAUACGUAUUUCAAUUUCUUUUGAGUAUUUUGUCAUUUGUAUUUCACUGGCCUGAACUACAAUCCAAUGUAUUUUGUAACAAGGUACAGUACUUUUGAGACCUGUAUUUUUUUUUUUUUGUCAAAUACAAAAUACUUUUCUAUACCAUUUUUUUCUAUAGCGGUUCACAAUUUUGUGGCCACAUUUUACCCUGCAUUGGUAUCAGAAGUCUGAUGGCACUAUGGUGUGAUGAGAGUGUCUGGUAAAUGACCAAUAUGUAAAUGUGAAAUGAACACUUGCAAAGCAUGCAGGGCAUUAUUCUAAUGAGCUUCACCCCAGAAACAAGGCCAAUAGUAAUACCCAGGUGCUUUGCAAUUGUUGCUUUUUACGUAAACAUUUACAUUUUGCUCAUUUAGCAGACACUCCUAUCCAGAGUAACUUACAGUCAGUGCAUUCAACUAAGGUAGAUAAACAACCACAUAUCACAAUCAUAGCAAGUAAUAUGUUUUUUUUUUUUGUUAUCAUUACUGAGAAUGUUGUUGUAGUGAAGGCAUGUACUUUCAAAUGUAUUUUGAAAAUACCUAAAAUAACUGUAUUUUGAUUAAAUACAAUACUUUGCAAAAGUAUUUGGUAUUAUAUUUUGAUACAUUGGUCUUUAGAGUAUUUUUUUAUUGUACCAAUAUAGUAUCUUUGCCCAUCUCUGGCUCUGGUCAAAAGUAGCAGGGAAUAAGGUGUUAUUUGGGACGCAGAUAGUAGCCAUCCAAGCUUACAUUGUCAGGACUUAUUGUUGGUAAAAAACAGAAUCUCCCUUUUUGUUUAGACAUGUCAAAAUCUAACUUUUUUGUAGCGCCCGGCUACCUGUCUCAUUGAAGAGUGAAUGGAAUUUUUAAGUGGCGGCUUUUGUAGUUUGUUUGAUGCAUCCUCCCACAGUACGUUUUCAACAGUCCUCUGUGGCUUAUAGAUGACUGAGUCUUUUCUCUUCACAGGAGCUCUGUAAGGAACUGCACAGGAAAUGUGACACAGUGGAUGAGGCACGAUACGAUAUCGAAGCAAAAGUGCUCAAGAAUGAGAAAGAGGUUUGUUUUUUGUAAUGUUAAUUAAAUGAGUUUACACUGUCAGACUCAGGACAGUUACCUGAAGUUACCUAUGAAAGUGCCUCAAAGUAUAUUUUGUUGAAGAUAACUAUUUUUAUAUUGACUUCUAUUGGUGAUUUCAAUAUUCUAGAAGUUCCAAAAGUGCCACAAAAUGCUUUCUUUCUCAAAUGAAAGCAUUUUGAUUUUCAUUGAAAUGCCAAGACCCUAAAUGGCAACAUGCUUAGCUGAUAAGGGUACAGGAGAGUGAACCUUUUUGCUGUAUGAACAUCUCAGCUCGCAGACCUGAAUGCAAAGAUCAACGAGCUGAAGGGGGGAAAGCGACCUAACCUCAAGAGGGUCAAGAAGUCUGCCGACGCUAUGCUGGGGGCUCUGACUGAAGCCAAACUCAGCUCCAAGGCAGACUUCAAGUCCAACCUGAAGACAGUCAAGAAGGACAAGAAGGAAGAGGAGGUAAGACUGGGAAGUUUAGAAAAAAAACUCAUGUCAUAGUAAUGUCAUAGUUUACAGUGCUGUUUCUGCUGGUACUGUAUUUCUUGGUACUUACUGUACUACACAAACAUGUGGUAACAAUGGGUUUGAUUCAAAUGAUACUGAUCAAGAUACAUAGUUCACUGGUCUUGUUGGUGUGUCUGAGUCGUGUUUGAUCAUCCAUACUGUAUGUGACCAUGGUCACCAGGCCGUCAUUGUAAAUAAGAUGUUUUUCUUAAUUGGCCUGCCUGGUAAAGUAAAGGUUAAAUUUUAAGGACUGUCCAUUCUCUUCACAGAAAGCGGACCCGGGUGACUGGCGUAAGAAUGUGGAGUCCAUGUCUGGAAUGGAGGGAAGGAAGAAGCUUUUCAAUAGCUAAAACAGUUCAAGUACACUGGCUCUGUAGAGAUAUGUGGUUGCAUUACCUGCUUGUUUACUAAAUCAUAUAGGAUUUUCAUGAAAAUAUAUUUUUGCAGUGAGAUUGUGUGUUUUGGAGGAAAGUAUGAAGUGAUGUUUUUACACUAAAGACUGUGGGAACUAUAAAGGCUGUGGGAACUAAUCAAUAUUUUUAUUAAAAACGAUUUAGUGUGGGCUACUUUAGAUAAUAAUUUUUUGAUUUCAUGUUUGAUUUAGAUUCCUAUAAAAAGAACAUAGUACAAUGUGGAACAACCUAAUAUACUCAUCGUAUUAGUUCAUUUUGUAAAUAUUCAAUUCCAGUUUGUUAUUAAAACACCAAUUAUUCUGUUUUGAAUUAACGUUUUGUGUGUCUGCCAAUAUUGCUGAUUAAAAAAAAUAUGGUGAAGG